AUGAAUUAUCCAAAAAGGUUUUCGAUUGGCAAAAUGUAUUAAAGAGUAUUAGAUUUAAUUAAUGUAAGGAAAAAGGAAUUUACUUGAAAGAUAAUAACUGCAUUUCUUAGUCUCAAGAUUAUUAAACAAAAAAUCAAAUUGAUUAUAUUAAAUAAGGAGUGAAAUUAUAGGAUGUUUAAUUAGCAACUUUUUAUCUCAAAAAUGGAUUACCUUAUAGAGGUUUUAAAGGUAAUCCAAAAGAUGUUUUAAAUAGUGAACAGCUACAGAUGAUAUUCCAAUUAAUUGUCUUUUGGUUUAAGUUCCCCGUCAAUUGAUAAUAAGUAGUCAAACUGCAUUUGAAUCAAGUCAAAAAGCCUUUUAUUAUAAACAUAGAGACUUUUUUAUAGAUCAUGAAGAGAAAGAAGAACAUACAAUAAUUGCUUUUCUCAUUAUGAAUAAAAGAAAAGGGUUUAAAUCUAAAUAUUAUAGAUUUAUUAAAUAACUUACCUAUUGA